AGGGCGUGAUGUAUUGCGCUAUGGAUGGUUGAACGAUGCGGUAAAGGAGAAUAAGGUGCAAAGCGCUCCCCAGGACAAUGAGGCUUCAAAGAAUGCAAACAAUGGUCCAGCAGACAAAUAGCAAUUGAUUGCUGCAGGGACCGAGAAUGGACUAAUUAACAUGGAUCAUGUCCAGUAGUAAGUUUGCGAACUUUCGCUGCCUGUUCUGCGUCCGGUAACCCAUGGAUAACACCAAUGGACAAUGCCAACCAGGCGCCCUGUUCUAUUUACAAUGCUCCCUGGGCUAGAGUUGCGGCAUGGCAACUCUCCAAACCCUCAAGGUUUGUCCGCAUUGUCUCAGCCUCGAGAAUGUACCUCUGGCCGAUGGCGGACUCGGUCAAACUUUUCACGAUAACGACGCGGACCGUAUAUGAAGACGCAUCUCGGUUACCUUCUCCACCGGUUACUUACCUGAUAUCAGGAAGUAAACUCCAACACAGUAGAUAUGCACAAGUCGGGAAUCCUAAUGGAGAGUUGACGAAUAGAGUUGGGGAUAUUAAAACUAAUGAUAGCUUGCGAUGCCUUGAGUGGGACUUCUAUCACGUCCUAUUACUCCUAAUAUAUAGAUCAUUUAAUGCGGCCUGUUAUUGCACGCUUCCAGCGCAAACUUUCAGCUAUGUCUUGUUUCAUUUCAUUGUAUGUUUAUGGGCUUUCGAAAACAAUUAUAGAGUAGCAGCCGAUAAGUACCUGCACACUUUCUCGCCCUCGUAUGUACUCCUUAACUUUCUUGUUCGUAAUAAACAAGAGGUGUCGAGGAUAGAUCCAUGUUUUUAUAGUUUACAUGCGACUACGAGCUACACUUCUAUCGGAGUGCCACUCACUGUGGGGAUGCGAAUAACAAUAUCUACCUUUUUAACCGUAGAAAUUCAGAGCUUGGAUUGGUAGAUGCAGCCAUUGGCAUAUGGUUGCCUCGGAGAUAAGAGCGGGCUAGGAAGCAACGUAGGUGCUCACUCGGAUGACAACAUUUCAAUGACGCA